AAACUUUUCUCGUGUUAUUUUGAGAACAUUUUAAUCGGAUUUGUGGGUUAUAAAUAUGGAAGGAGAGGAUUCAAGUUUCUGAGGGGAGGGUUGUAUUUCGAUAUUUUCAGAUUUAGAUUUGGGAAUCGCCAUUAGAAUAGUGGUGAAGAUGAAUGUUGUGGGGUUUUCUUAUUCUUCAUUUGUUGUGGUUCUUGCUGUUUUGGUUAUGGUUUUGAAUGGAGUGGAGGUUUGUUAUGGAGGUAUAACAAGCCAGUUUCUGAGGAAGGUUGAGAAAACUGUGGAUAUGCCCCUUGAUAGUGAUGUUUUUGCUGUUCCUCCUGGUUUUAAUGCUCCCCAGCAGGUUCAUAUCACACAAGGAGAUCAUGAAGGGAAGGCAGUGAUUGUUUCAUGGGUCACUCCAGAUAAACCAGGAUCAAAUAAAGUAUCGUAUUGGAGUGAGAAAAGCAAGCAAAAGAAACAGGCCUUUGGAAAAGUAUAUACUUACAAGUUCUAUAAUUACACUUCUGGCUACAUUCAUCAUUGCACCAUUGAAAACUUGAAGUACAACACCAAAUACUACUAUGAAGUGGGAAUCGGUUACUCUCCAAGAACAUUCUGGUUCGUCACUCCUCCAGAAGUCGGUCCCGAUGUCCCUUAUACAUUUGGUCUCAUAGGGGAUCUUGGCCAGAGUUUUGAUUCAAAUAUAACGCUGACACAUUACGAAAGAAACCCACAUAAAGGAAAAACAGUGUUAUUUGUAGGGGAUCUAUCUUAUGCUGACAACUAUCCGUUCCAUGACAAUGUAAGGUGGGAUACAUGGGGAAGAUUUACUGAGAGAAGCAUCGCCUAUCAGCCUUGGAUAUGGACUGCAGGAAAUCAUGAAAUUGAUUUUGUCCCAGAAAUUGGCGAGACCGAACCUUUCAAGCCGUUUACUAACCGAUAUCAUGUCCCUUAUAAAGCAUCUGAGAGCACAGCUCCUUUUUGGUACUCAAUCAAGAGAGGUCCAGCAUACAUCAUAGUGUUGGCUUCAUAUUCAGCUUAUGGUAAAUACACUCCUCAAUACCAAUGGCUCGAAGCGGAGCUACCAAAAGUUAACAGAAGUGAAACACCAUGGUUGAUUGUUCUUGUGCAUUCCCCAUGGUACAACAGCUACAACUAUCAUUACAUGGAAGGAGAAACUAUGCGAGUGAUGUAUGAGUCAUGGUUUGUACAAUACAAAGUUGACGUCGUCUUUGCUGGCCAUGUCCAUGCUUACGAAAGAUCUGAAAGAAUUUCAAAUAUUGCAUACAACAUUGUGAAUGGCCACUGUAUUCCAGUGAAAGAUCAAUCUGCACCUGUAUACAUAACAAUAGGUGAUGGAGGAAACCUUGAAGGCCUAGCUACCAAUAUGACGGAGCCACAGCCUGCGUAUUCAGCGUAUCGUGAAGCAAGCUUUGGCCAUGGCAUAUUCGAUAUAAAGAACAGAACUCAUGCAUAUUUCGGUUGGAACAGGAAUCAAGAUGGAUAUGCAGUUGAAGCUGAUACUCUUUGGUUCUUCAACAGACACUGGUACCCGGUUGAUGAGUCGUUAAGUGAGCAGAAAUGAAAACUCUGCAGAUUUGAAUUAGAAUACACAAUUUUAAAAAUCUUUACCAUCAAAUAAUACUCAUGAUCGGAUGAGUUCAAUAUGAAAAAAGUUUGAUUUCACAUUCACUAGUAGGUUAAUGGAAAGGGUCAUCCUUUUUUGCCUCCAUUUAUUUCACAAGUUGAAAGGAAACCAAACUUGUAUUAAAUUUUGUGAAUACUAUAGCAGUGCUUGAAUUUAACUGCUAUCAGAAAAAUUAAUAUGAAGGUAGCUUAUUCCUUUUUAUGAGAGAUGAGACAGUUGCUUGAAUUA